UCGGUCAAUGUAAAGUGGCUUUUCAUGCCAUAACCUUGUGUAUGUAUACAUUACAUGAUACUCUGAGAACAAAGCUCUUUUGAAGAGGAAGAGCAAUCGAUUGAAGUCAAAUAUGAAUCGCGUAGAUUUAAAAGUCGUAUUAUUGGGUAACGCGAUGGUGGGAAAGACGAGUCUCAUGGAAAGAUAUGUACACGACUCGUUUAACUGCAAUAGGCCCUACCAGAAUACAAUAGGCACUGUGUUUGCAGCGAAGCGAGUGCAAGUGAACGAUGUGACACUUAUUAUGGGAAUAUGGGAUACUGCAGGCAGUGAGAAGUAUGACGCAAUGACUAGAACAUAUUAUCGUGGUGCCAAGGCUGCCAUAGUGUGUUAUGAUAUUACAAAAUCGAGUACGUUCCAAAGAGCGAAGCACUGGGUAAGAGAACUUAGAAGCAUUGAAGAGAAUUGUAAAGUAUAUCUUUGUGCCACCAAGAAGGAUUUGUGCGAUGAAGGUUUUGUAUCAGACGAUCCAGAUAUACAAAGUGUUGUAGAGAGAUAUGCGAGUGGUACACAGACCAAACUUUUCGUAACGUCUAGUAAAACGGGAGAGAACGUAGUCGAAUUGUUUGAUGAAAUUAUACAAGAUUUCAUAUCCAAUCCUGAAAAUUUGCAAAAGGUAGAAGAAGCAAUUGUUCUAAGCAAAAAAACUGGGGAAAGGUAUUGUUGCGCAAUCUAA